AUGCAAUUAGAUAGGCUUGAUAUUACACAAAAUCCUACAUUCAAGAGGUUCUUUGUGUGCUUUGAAGCUAUGAGGAAGGGUUUUGUUGAAGGUUGUAGGCCUUUUAUAGGACUAGAUGGUUGCCACUUGAAAGGAAAUUUUGGUGGGGUGCUAUUGGCAGCAGUUUCACUCGAUGGAAACAAUGGCCUAUUUCCAGUUGCUUAUGGGGUGGUGGAAUGUGAGUGUAAAGACAGCUGGGGAUGGUUUCUUACAUGCUUGGAAACCAUUAUUGGUCAACGUUCAUCAGGAGUUCCAUAUGUUAUUAUGUCAGAUAAACAAAAGGGCUUGAUUGAAGCUAUUCCUGAUGUUAUGCCUGAGUGUCAAGUUAGGCAUUGUACAAGACAUUUGUAUAACAACUUUAGAGGAAAAUAUUCUGGGCUAGCAUUGAGGGAUAAUUUUUGGCGUGCAGUAAAAGCGUAUAAUCAAUUCCUUUUUGAGAAAGCUAUGCAAGGUCUCCAAAAAUUAUCCAAGGAAGCAUUUGAUUGGUUGGAUGAAAAACCUAAGUCACAAUGGGCUAGACAUGCAUUUGACCCAAGAUCUGUUAGUCCACACAUCACAAACAACAUGACAGAGUCUUUUAAUAGUUGGGUUGACGAUUUGCGUGGGAAGACAAUAUUGACAUUGGUGGAGCAAGUGAGGCUUAAACUAAUGGAAAAGCUACAUGAGCGAUACACUAAUGGAUGCAAUUGGGAAACAAAGGUCACACUAGAAGCAUGGGAAAAGAUUGAGUUGGCUAAAAAAGAUUCAUUAUUCUGUAAGCUUAUACCAGCAGGCGAUGAUGAGUUUCAAGUAAUAGAUGGUUAUACAAGUUUUGCUAUAAACUUACGGACCAAAAAAUGUCCUUGUGGUGUUUGGGAAAUUAGUGGCUUGCCUUGCAAGCAUGCAGCAAAAUGUAUCACAUACAAAAGGGCAGACAUUCAAGAUUAUUGUGAUCCAUUCUACUCCACGAGUAUGUACAUUCGUGCCUAUAGCCAAAUCCUUCACCCAAUGCCUGAUAUUGAUAUGUUACCUAAGGGUGAGUUGGAAACAGGCCAAGACACCGUGCUUCCUCCAAAACGGAAAAAGUUGAUUGGUAGACCAAAGAAGAAGAGAAAAAGGGAGCAAGGUGAACGUGCACCAGGGCAACAAGAAGCAAGGAGGUCAUGCACUGUGAGGUGUACUUCUUGCAAAGAGUUUGGUCACAACAAGAGGACAUGCCAAGGAGCUGCAGUUGGUAGCGCAGGAAGAAGCAAAGGGAAGAAAGGGCAAAAUGUAAGUUGGUAUAUGUUUGGUUUAAGAAAUUAG